AUCCCUUCCAGCAUGGCCUCCACACCUUCAAUGGACUUUCAUCUCGCGAACGGCCGAGCCUAUUCUCUCGGGCGUACCAACGCUGCCGCCUCUCGUCUGAACUACCAAUUCUAUCUGUGGAAGGAAUCCUUCGGUUUCAACCUUCACCCAACCAUAGCUUCAUCGCUGAAAACCCCAAGCCCAUGUAUCGCCGACGUAGCCUCAGGUACUGCCAUCUGGCUUCUCGAUCUAGUCCCGGAGAUACCGACCGCAACCUUCGAGGGUCUUGACAUGAGCAUGGCUGUCGCUCCACCAAUCGAGUGGCUUCCCUCCAACAUUAAGCUUCGGCAGUGGAAUCUCCACGACCAAGUUCCUGACGAUCUUGUGAAGAAGUUCGACGUGAUCCAUCUGCGGUUGCUGAUCCUAGUGGUGGAGAAGAGCGAUCCGUCGCCGAUCGUCCGCAAGGUGGCACGCAUGCUCAAGCCAGGAGGCUGGAUCCAAUGGGACGACUACAACUAUCAAGGGACACACGUGGUCAAGACCAAUCCCGCCCUGAAGACACCGGCUCUCGAUCGUCUCUGCGCGUUUUUGUUUUCAGGGGGGCGGCAAGACUGGGUGGUGGGGCUUCCCAAGAUCUUUGAGAAAGAGGGGUUUGAAGACACCCAGAUCUUCCAUUAUCGGCCACGACGCGAGAUGGCGAGAGCUAAUGGUGAAUUGCACCUUUCGACGAUCGAGGAGUUUGCUGCCCGACUGCUCGAGGAUGGGAAGGUAGAAGAGGGCAACGAAUUGCUUCGGUUGGUUCAACAGGGGCUUCUCGAGGCUGCGGCGGGGGCUGCAAUGUCAACUCCUCGAGCUGUUAGCAUUGGACGGAAGAAGACGUCAAGUGCAGUGAAGUUGUAGUUUGGUCUUGGGAAGCUCAUUUAUCUCGCGUUUAUUGAAGUGAUGGGUAGGCAGGGCAGCAUGUGUAGGUCAAAAAUGCUCUUGAGCAAUAUAGUCUAUGGUGAUUAGAUUGACUACCCUUGCAUUGAGCCCAAAGAUGGAAAAUCUGAA